GGCCAAUGAAGACGCUCUCUACUUUACUAAAGUCGAAAGGAAAGUUCUCCCUAAAUCACUCAGUCAUAGCAGCCAUCAACCCUCUCUCUCUCCCACACAUGUAUAAAUAUCCCCAUAAAUUUCUAUUACAAACAGACUUAGCCUAGCUCUCUCUCAGAGUCCUAGAAAGACAAGAGAGCAGGACUAAUUCAAGAUUUGUUGGAGAGGAAAAGAAUUAUAAAACAAAAAAACAGUGAGAGUCACAAGAAUUUCAUAUUGCCACCAACCAAAUACUGUUCUUUUUUCCCUAUCUCUUUGUUUCUGAAAAUACAAAGCUUCAAGAAAACCCAACAAAAAGAAGAAGAAGAAGAAGAUGGAAGGAAUAGAUAAAGCAAGAGGCUCGCAAAGGCGGGCAAGCCGUAGCUUUAGCAGAAACGUAAGCAGGAGCAUGAGCAGGCAAAGUUGGAGCAUGGAAGAUGUAUUUUCAGCUAGUAGGCACUCUCGCCGAAACAGUCAUGUUGACGAAGAUGAGGAAGCUCUAAAAUGGGCUGCCAUUGAGAAAUUACCCACCUAUGAUCGUCUAAGAACAAGUAUUAUCAACUCUUACAUGGAGAAUGAGCAUCCACAUGCUAAAAAAAUGCACAAAGAAGUGGAUGUAAGAAAGCUGGAUUUGGAUGAGAGGCAAGAAUUCAUUGACAGGAUUUUUAAGGUUGCAGAGGAAGAUAAUGAGAGGUUCUUGAAGAAGUUUAGAAAUAGAAUCGAUAAGGUUGGUAUCCGACUUCCUACUGUUGAAGUUCGGUUUGAUCAUUUAACGAUUGAAGCUGAUUGCUAUGUUGGCACAAGAGCUCUUCCCACUCUUCCAAAUGUUGCCAGAAACAUUGCCGAAUCCGCUCUUGGUUUGCUUGGGAUUGGACUGACCAAGACAACAAAAUUAACAAUUCUUAAGGAUGCCUCAGGAAUUGUAAAACCUUCAAGGAUGGCCCUUUUGUUAGGGCCCCCAUCUUCUGGGAAGACAACCCUUUUGCUGGCAUUGGCUGGAAAGUUGGACCCAAGCCUCAAGGUUAGAGGAGACAUCACUUACAAUGGCUACAAGCUGAAUGAGUUUGUGCCUAAGAAGACAUCCGCAUACAUUAGCCAAAAUGAUGUUCAUGUUGGAGAAAUGACUGUGAAAGAAACUCUAGAUUUCUCAGCAAGGUGCCAAGGGGUUGGAACUCGAUACGAACUCUUAACUGAACUUGCCAGAAGAGAAAAGGAUGCUGGAAUACUUCCAGAGGCAGAAGUUGAUCUUUUUAUGAAGGCAACAUCAAUGGAAGGAGUUGAGAACAGUCUCAUUACUGACUAUACCCUUAAAAUAUUAGGGCUUGAUAUAUGCAAGGACACCAUUGUUGGAGAUGAAAUGCAACGAGGGAUAUCGGGUGGACAGAAAAAACGAGUAACAACAGGAGAGAUGAUUGUUGGGCCAACAAAAACACUAUUCAUGGAUGAGAUAUCAACUGGUCUGGAUAGCUCCACAACAUUCCAAAUAGUGAAAUGCUUGCAACAGAUUGUACACCUUACUGAGGCCACCGUAUUGAUGUCCCUACUCCAGCCUGCUCCUGAGACAUUUGAUCUGUUUGAUGAUAUCGUCCUACUAUCAGAGGGCAAGAUUGUCUACCAGGGCCCACGAGAGCACAUACUUGAGUUCUUUGAAACAUGUGGCUUCAAGUGUCCUGAGAGAAAGGGUACUGCUGAUUUCUUGCAAGAGGUUACAUCAAGGAAGGAUCAAGAGCAAUAUUGGGCAGAUGGAACAAGACCAUACCGGUACACAUCGGUAUCUGAAUUCGCUAGCCGGUUCAAGAGAUUCCACGUGGGAAUGCAGCUUGAAAAUGAGUUGUCAGUACCUUAUAACAAGGCCAAUGGCCAUCAGGCAGCUCUAGUCUUCAAGAAAUAUUUAGUCUCAAAAAUGGAUCUCUUAAAGGCAUGCACUGACAAAGAGUGGCUAUUGAUUAAGAGGAACUCUUUUGUCUAUGUGUUCAAGACUGUCCAAAUUAUUAUUGUGGCAAUCAUAGCUUCCACAGUGUUUUUGAGGACCAAAAUGAAAACUAGGAAUGAAGAAGAUGGGGCGGUAUAUAUUGGUGCACUACUAUUUUCCAUGCUCAUUAACAUGUUCAAUGGCUUUGCUGAGCUAUCAAUGACCAUUGCAAGGCUUCCUGUAUUUUACAAGCAGAGAGACCUCCUCUUUCACCCAGUUUGGACUUUCACACUACCAAGUGUGGUUCUCCGGAUCCCAAUGUCUGUUCUUGAGUCCGUUGUUUGGAUGGUCAUGACAUACUACUCCAUAGGAUUUGCCCCUGAAGCUAGCAGGUUCUUCAAGCAACUAUUGUUGAUAUUUCUGAUCCAACAAAUGGCCGCUGGGAUCUUUAGGCUCAUCUCUGCAGUCUGCAGGACUAUGAUCAUUGCCAACACUGGUGGAGCUCUCACUCUCCUACUUGUGUUCCUACUUGGAGGUUUUAUCCUUCCUAGAGAUGAAAUUCCAAAAUGGUGGAUUUGGGGCUACUGGGUUUCACCUAUGUCAUACGGUUUCAAUGCCAUUGCUGUAAAUGAAAUGUUUGCUCCGAGGUGGAUGAACAAAAAUGCUACAGACGGUGCAACCAAAUUGGGUGUGGCAGUUCUUGAGAGCUUUAAUGUUUUCCCUGACAGAAACUGGUACUGGAUUGGCGCAGCAGCACUGCUUGGGUUCACAGUUCUAUUUAACGUCCUAUUCACCUUAGCACUUAUGUACCUUAACCCAAUGGAAAAGCCACAAGCAAUAUUAUCCGAAGAAGCUGCAGAUGAGAUGGAAGGAGACAACACAAAUACAAAGGAAGAGCCAAGACUCAGACGACCUGUGUCGAAGAGAGAUUCUGCUUCUCGAUCAUUGUCUGCUUCUGAUGGAAACAAUACAAGAGAAAUGGCAAUUAGGCGAAUGAGCAGCCGAUCUAAUAGCAAUGGAAUAAACAGAAAUGCUGAUUCUACUCUUGAGGCAGCCAAUGGCGUUGCUCCCAAGAGAGGAAUGGUUCUCCCAUUCACUCCUUUGGCAAUGUCUUUCGACAGUGUGAAUUAUUAUGUGGACAUGCCUGCUGAAAUGAAGGAACAAGGAGUAGCAGAAGACAGGCUCCAGUUGCUUCGAGGAGUAACAGGAGCAUUUAGACCUGGGGUCUUGACAGCACUUAUGGGAGUCAGUGGAGCCGGAAAGACAACAUUGAUGGAUGUUUUAGCAGGAAGAAAGACAGGUGGUUACAUUGAAGGGGAUGUUAGGAUCUCUGGAUUCCCUAAGAUUCAAGAAACCUUUGCAAGAAUUUCUGGUUACUGUGAACAAACUGACAUUCACUCACCUCAAGUCACUGUGAGGGAAUCCUUGAUUUACUCAGCUUUCCUUCGUCUCCCUAAAGAAGUCAGCAAUGAAGAAAAGAUGAUUUUCGUUGAUGAAGUGAUGGAAUUGGUAGAGCUAAACAAUCUCAGGGAUGCUAUAGUGGGGCUUCCAGGAAUUACAGGGUUGUCAACAGAACAGCGGAAGAGGCUGACAAUUGCAGUUGAGCUUGUUGCCAAUCCUUCAAUCAUUUUUAUGGAUGAACCAACUUCAGGUCUUGAUGCAAGGGCAGCAGCCAUUGUCAUGAGGACAGUGAGAAAUACUGUAGAUACUGGAAGAACGGUUGUGUGCACCAUUCACCAGCCUAGCAUUGAUAUCUUCGAAGCCUUUGAUGAGCUACUAUUAAUGAAGAGAGGAGGACAAGUCAUCUACUACGGACCUUUGGGUCGAAAUUCUCACAAAAUAGUAGAAUAUUUUGAGGCAAUUCCUGGAGUGCCAAAAAUCAAAGAUAAGUACAACCCUGCAACAUGGAUGCUUGAAGUAAGUUCAAUGGCUGCUGAAGUGAGGCUUGGAAUGGACUUUGCUGAACACUACAAGUCAUCAUCCUUGCAUCAGAGAAAUAAGGCCUUGGUAAAAGAGUUAAGCACUCCUCCACCCGGAGCAAAGGACCUAUAUUUUGCCACAGAGUUCUCUCAGCCCACAUGGGGGCAGUUCAAAUCUUGCUUAUGGAAGACAUGGUGGACUUAUUGGAGAAGUCCAGAUUAUAACCUUGUCAGAUUCUUUUUCACCUUGGCUGCUGCCCUAAUGGUUGGGACAAUUUUCUGGAAAGUUGGAACUAAAAGGGAAAAUGCAAGUGAUCUUACUAUGAUCAUUGGAGCAAUGUAUGCUGCUGUACUGUUUGUAGGAAUUAAUAAUUGCUCGACAGUACAACCGAUAGUAGCCAUUGAAAGAACAGUGUUUUAUCGAGAAAGAGCUGCUGGGAUGUACUCUGCAAUGCCUUAUGCCCUUGCACAGGUGAUUUCUGAAAUACCAUAUGUGCUUGUUCAAACUUCAUAUUAUACACUUAUUGUGUACGCCAUGGUGGCCUUCGAAUGGACAGUAGCAAAAUUCUUCUGGUUCUUCUUUGUCUCCUUCUUCUCCUUCCUAUACUUCACAUAUUAUGGCAUGAUGACUGUUUCCAUCACGCCAAACCACCAAGUAGCAGCCAUUUUUGCAGCAGCAUUUUAUUCUCUCUUCAAUCUUUUCUCAGGCUUCUUCAUCCCAAGACCUAAAAUUCCAAAAUGGUGGGUUUGGUAUUAUUGGAUUUGCCCAGUAGCAUGGACUGUCUAUGGAUUGAUUGUGUCACAAUACGGGGAUGUGGACGCCACCAUUAGUGUACCUGGGAUGAACAAUAGAGUUCCUAUCAAAGAGUAUAUUGAAAGCCAUUUUGGGUAUGAUCCCAAUUUCAUGGGGCCAGUUGCUGGAGUUUUGGUUGGCUUUGCAGUCUUCUUUGCGUUCAUGUUUGCCUAUUGCAUAAAGACUCUAAACUUCCAGAACAGAUAGAAGAGAGCUGUAGAAGAAAUUCUUGUUAUAGCAGGUUCUACAAAUCAAAAUGAUUCCUGCAAUCUAGAUUGAAAAAUACUGAUAGUUGUAUAAGGCUUCAAUUUAUUUUUGUAGGAAACUUAAGUAUGUCAUCUUCUUCUUCUUCUUUAUUAUUAUUAUUAUUUUUUUUUAAGAAGCAUAUAUUCAUUACUAUAGAAAGAUAAUGAUGAAAAGUUUAGUUAGAAAUCUGAAAGCAGUAUUGUAAAUGUAAAGGUUAUUGGAAUUGUUAUUUUGGAAGGAAGAAGUUAUUAAAAGUUGCAA